AUGAACUUCCAAGGCCUCGAAUUCGACGGUGUGCCCACCGACCCGGACAAUGUCUCGGACGAUAACGAGUCCGUGUCGUCCUUGGUCGACGAAGAUGUCGACUUUAGCUACGUAUACGCGCUGUUCCACUUUCCACAAAUGGUUGACGGCCAAGUGACCGUCGACGAGGGUGAGAAGCUGACGCUGCUCGAUGACUCAAACUCGUACUGGUGGCUAGUGCAGAACCUGCGCGACAACCAAAUGGGCUAUAUUCCGGCAGACAACAUUGAAUCAGCGUUUGGAAAGCUGGCCCGCGUCAACCGCAGAAAGAACAUCAAGCUAUGCAAGCCCGACCCCGAGCACAUAGUUCUCAGCCGCAUACCCACAGUGCCCAAUGCAGAGGCGCGCCGGGUCAAGUUCAACGAUAAGCUUGUCACCCAGGUAUUUAUUAACAACACGGACUCUGAUGACGACGAGGAAGAGGAAGACGACUACUAUGACGAUUACGAAGACGAUGAGGAGGAGGACGAGAUUGAGGACGAGAUUGAAGACGAUGACCGGCGCGUCGUGCCCUCCCAGGUCGAGAUUGACCAUGACGAAGCUGAAUUGGACGACGACAGUGGUGAUUAUAGCUACUACUAUAGCUCCAAUGCCGGAAACUCUGGAGGCUAUGGCUCACAAGACGCACCAGAGGCGGCCAAAGCAUCUGCAUCCACUGCUAACGACCCUGUGCAGGCGAGCGGCAGCAUGGCCGGCCGCCGCAUCAGCCUUGCCCCCAACCACAUGGGCCAGAUCUCUGGCGAGCACUUGGACGACUCUGACCUUGACCUUGAUGACGAUGAAGUCAGCGAAAUUGAGAGCCGCCCUGUUCACAGCAGCAUCUAUUCGGCCUCAGACACAGCCCAUUCAGCGCCGACUGCCGCUGGCGUCAGCCUCGAUAUCCGGCCCUCGUCGAUGGCCGAUAGCAUGUAUUCUGGACACCGUGAUAGUUCAAUGUACUCGCACGUGGGUCCGAGCAAUCCAAACUACUACCCAUCCAACGACGCAUCUGACGAUGGCGACUCGCUGUCGGGUGCUUUGAACCGGAUGAACGCUUCGCACGAGUCUGUAGAGGCCGGAAAUUACUCCGUGCGCAUCGUCCACAAUGAUACGUUCGGCAGCUCCGAGGCCAUCGUCACAAUUUUCUUUGACGAAUUGUUUGGCGAGGUUCUGCACCGCGCAUUAGUGGUGUUUGGCCUGACGCAAGCAAUGAGUGAGAGCCUCGCAAUUUAUGCGCGGAUUCAGCAGCGCGAGCUGGUUGCCCUCACCGCGGACAUGCAAGUUGCCUCUUUAUUCGACAGCCUGCGCAAGCAAAACUCUGCUUGGCUGCCCGAAUAUGGAAGCGUCAAUCCCAACGUGUGCACAUUUGUUUUGGCGAACAGGUCGGCGCCGCGGUCCCAGCUGCUUCCGGAGAGCGUCAAUGCCGAGGACGACCCGUACAUGAGUUUGGAAACUGGGCCGCACAAUGUCUUACGGACAUCUAUCUCCGCAUCUGCCGACGAGGGAAUAUCCUCAUUUGGGCCAUCCGCCGGCCAGUCGAACUAUGUGCCGACCGACCCGGCGGCAGCUCAAAACCCCGGUGGCACCGCAAAUGGCUCAGCCAAGCGGGCAACCAAGCUCAAGGCACUGUCCGCAUCCUACUCAUCUCGUGAGCAGGCACCUAACGAGUCUGGUGACGAGCAGCCCCUUGUAGAAGCCAGCAGCAGCAGCAGCGCUGGUGACCUUUCCGAUUCCAAUGCUGAUGCUGAUGCCGAUGCCGAUGCCGGCGACUUGCUGCCCGACUCUCGCAAGGUGGUACAGGGCUUGCUUCGCAACAUCCAGCCACCAAAAUCGCGUCCAUCAGACACCGCAGUCAACAGGGCCAAGCGCAACACAGUGCAGAUAUCAGCGCACGGCUCGGUGGUUGACAACGACUACCAGGUGUCGAGGGCCCCCUCGCAAACGCGCAGCGCUCUUUUGCGCUCGGCAAGCACUCGUGAUUACGUCGAGACCGACUCUGGCCAGCAUCCGGCCGAUGAGCUUCGCCAGCCGCUCGCUACCUCCAGCGAUGUGCUCAUGCGCACUACCCCGACCGAGCCCGUCAUUGCUACCAACCUCCUCACGCAAGGGCUGGGCCACAGCGCAUCCACUUUGCGCCCAUCAUCAGACACCUUUGCGGGCGAGGGCAACACAUCAGAUGCUGCUGAAAAUGACAGCCAGGAGAGGAGCGUGACUGCCGAGGCCGAAGGAGAAGAGCCAUUGUCACCAACCAGCUCCUCAGACACUGCAUCCAUCCACCACAAUGAGGCCGACGACCGAGGCUCGGUGGCUGCUGGCAGCACUGCAGCUGCUGCUGCUGUCGCUGGCGGCGCGGCUGCCUCAGUGUUCAGUAACUCUAGCAGCCGCGACUCGGUGCUAUCUCGUGCGAGCAUUGUGUCGAAUUCCACCAGCAUUUUGAACGCUAACCGCCUUUCCAUAGUGUCGCUUGCCAAUGAUGAGCUGUCACUUGACGACUGGCUGGUAAUUCUGCGCGGCUGGAACGACAUGCAUGACAUCAGCGCGACCACAACCUCAUUCUACCAGUCUUUCCUCAAGGACAUGCAGGGUCUCGGCGUGACCGCCCCAAUUCAGCAAACGGCUGCUGCUGCAGCCGCCCAAAGCGAUGCCUACGACUAUAUUCAGCGCCAUGUGACCGAGUUACAACUGGCAAACAGCGACACGCAGGCGGCAAUCGAUGAUAUCCUCGGUGUCUCUCAAGGUGUUGGUCGCCGUCUAGAUUCGUUAGAAUGCGAGCUGGACGACAUUGCUCGGGUGCUUGUCCAUGCAAACUAA